UCACCGGUUAGGUCGGAUGUCGAUUUGCCUGACCGGAUGGUGGAAGUUUUGUUUUGUGAGUUUUCUACCCAUUUCGUUUGGUUAACUUUGAGUUUUUUUCGUGUUUAUAAGAACACGUUAUUGUAAUUCCACUAAAUUGGGCGUUACACAAUUGUAAACAGCAUAUUUUCCUUUGACAGAGUGAAGACAGGGCGGCUUGAAAGGUGGAAUUCAACACUUCGGUGUAACCCGAGCACCCUUGCUAACUAGUAACGUAGUAGGCUAACGUUAGACUCUUCGGGAGGGGAGCCGAUCCAACGAAACCAUGGGGAACCGGGGGAUGGAAGAUUUGAUCCCCCUUAUCAACAAACUCCAGGACGCUUUCAGUUCCAUCGGCCAGAGUUGUAACUUGGACCUACCGCAAAUUGCUGUGGUCGGUGGGCAGAGUGCUGGAAAAAGCUCGGUCUUGGAAAAUUUCGUUGGCAGGGAUUUUCUUCCUCGAGGAUCAGGCAUUGUCACCCGUAGACCUCUCAUCCUGCAGCUGUGCUUUAACAAAGCCGAGUAUGCAGAGUUCCUACACUGUAAAGGGAGGAAGUUUGUGGACUUUGAGGAGGUCCGGGCGGAGAUCGAGGCGGAGACGGACAGGAUCACAGGCUCCAAUAAGGGCAUCUCCCCCAUCCCCAUCAACCUCAGAGUCUACUCCCCUAACGUGCUAAACCUGACUCUGAUCGACCUGCCGGGGAUGACUAAGGUGGCAGUGGGGGACCAGCCGCUGGACAUAGAGCAUCAGAUCAGGGACAUGCUGCUGCAGUUCAUCACCAAGGAGAGCUGCCUCAUCCUGGCCGUCACCCCCGCCAACCAGGACCUGGCCAACUCAGACGCCCUCAAGAUUGCCAAGGAGGUGGACCCACAGGGUCUGCGUACUAUUGGUGUGAUCACAAAGCUGGACCUGAUGGACGAAGGGACUGAUGCUAAAGACAUCCUGGAGAACAAACUGCUACCGUUGCGUAGAGGCUAUAUCGGCGUGGUGAACCGCAGUCAGAAGGACAUAGACGGCAGGAAGGACAUCCGCGCUGCGCUGGCUGCUGAGAGGAAGUUCUUCCUGUCUCACCCGGGCUACAGACACAUGGCCGAGCGCAUGGGCACCCCACACCUGCAGAAACAACUCAACCAGCAACUGACCAACCACAUCAGGGACACCCUGCCUGGGCUGCGCAGUAAGCUGCAGAGCCAGGUGCUCUCCCUGGAGAAAGAGGUGGAGGAGUACAAGAACUUCCGUCCCGACGACCCCACACGCAAGACCAAGGCUCUGCUGCAGAUGGUGCAGCAGUUUGGGGUGGACUUUGAGAAGCGUAUCGAGGGCUCUGGGGACCAGGUGGACACAGCAGAGCUGUCGGGCGGUGCCAAAAUCAACCGGAUCUUCCACGAGCGCUUCCCCUUCGAGCUGGUCAAGAUUGUGUUUGAUGAGAAGGAGUUGAGGAGGGAGAUCAGUCAUGCCAUCAAGAAUGUCCACGGUGUCAGAACGGGGUUGUUCACCCCUGACCUGGCCUUCGAGGCCAUAGUCAAAAAGCAGAUCCUCAAACUGAAAGAGCCCAGCCUGAAAUGUGUGGACCUAGUGGUGUCCGAGCUGACCGCGCUCGUCAUGAAGUGUUCCGUCAAGCUGGGUUCUUACCCCCGGCUGAGAGAGGAGACCGAGAGGAUCGUUACCACCUACGUCAGAGAGAGAGAGGGCAAGACCAAGGACCAGGUGAUGCUGCUGAUUGACAUUGAGCUGUCCUACAUCAACACCAACCACGAGGACUUUAUAGGCUUUGCCAAUGCCCAGCAGAGAAAUACACAUCAGAACAAGAAGAGGGCCAUUCCAAACCAGGGUGAGAUUCUGGUGAUCCGUAAAGGCUGGCUCACCAUCAACAUCAGCAUCAUGAAAGGAGGCUCCAAGGAGUACUGGUUCAUCCUGACCGCAGAGUCACUAUCCUGGUACAAGGAUGAGGAGGAGAAAGAGAAGAAGUACAUGCUGCCCCUAGAUAACCUGAAGCUGAGGGAUGUGGAGAAAGGCUUCAUGUCCACCAAACACGUCUUUGGCGUCUUCAACACUGAAUCCAGGAAUGUGUAUAAGGACCUGCGUCAGAUUGAGCUGGCCUGUGACACCCAGGAGGAUGUGGACAGUUGGAAGGCCUCCUUCCUGAGGGCUGGGGUCUACCCUGAGAAGGACCAGGUGGACACUGAGGAUACAGCCCCAUCAGAAACCUUCUCCAUGGACCCCCAGCUGGAGAGGCAGGUGGAGACCAUCCGUAACCUGGUGGACUCCUACAUCGGCAUCGUCAACAAGUCCAUCAGGGACCUCAUGCCCAAGACCAUCAUGCACCUCAUGAUCAACAGCGCUAAGGACUUCAUCCACUCAGAGCUGCUGGCCUACCUGUACUCAUCAGGUGACCAAAACAGCUUGAUGGAGGAGUCAGCUGACCAGGCGCAGCGCCGCGAUGAAAUGCUUCGCAUGUACCACGCCCUCAAGGAGGCGCUGCACAUAAUCGGGGACAUCACCACCACCACCGUGACUGUCCCCGUGCCGCCGCCCGUCAACGACAGCUGGAUGCAGGAGAACAGUCCCACCCCCCAGCGCCGCCCCCCGGUCGCAGCAGCCCCUCCCCCAAGCCGUCCGCCUGCAGUGAGUGGCCCAAGGCCGGGACCACCCCUCAACCCCUCCCCAGUUUGGGGGCCCCCCAUCCCCUCUCGCCCGGGCCCGCCGCCCAUUAACGCCUUUGGCACCAUCAACCAUCAGGACCCCUUCAGUGCCCCCCCGCUGAUCCCCUCUCGGCCUGCUCGCAUCCCCCCUGGCGUGCCCAGCCGACGACCCCCUGGCGCUCCACACCGGCCCACCAUAAUCCGCCCUGCCGAGCCCUCCCUGCUAGACUAGACUACCCAGUAGAUCCAGCCAGGUUCACCUGUGUGUGUACUGAGGCCAGAGGGGGAGGGCUACAGAGGAGGGGAGAAGGGGGCGCCUAUAUAGUAUCUAUGCACAUUGAUAUAUAUAUAUAUACUAUUUCAACCAGGCUUAUCUAAUGUAGUUGACUCAAACUGUUCUCUGAUAUAAGCUGCUAACCCUCCCUUAGUCUCCAACACAUGUGGGGUCUUUCUGGUCUCCACAUUCUAAAGAAGCAAAGAAACCAUAACCACUUGAAUAUUCUGAAUCAGAAGAUUAUAUAAUUACACUGUUUUGGAUAUUGUACCAUAGAAAAAGAUCCACCUGAUUCAUAGAGUUAAUCGCUCACCUUUGACCAGCAGGGUGCACUCACGGCAUCAGAUGGGUAUGGGUACAUGGAAGUGACAUGCCCCUAAGCAACAGAAUCAUUUCCUCUCUGAAAAGGUGAAAAGGCUCUACUACACCCUAGACCUCUGUGUAAUAUACACACUCAUCCUGUUCAUUUUUUUCAUGGUUUUUCUAACUUGAUUUCAUACUGAAAAUAGUUAUUAUUAUUAUGACUACGGUGGUGUUGAUGAUUACUUUCUUCUUAUUUUAUUUGAGUGACUUGUCCGUUUUAGUGCCCCCUGUAUGUAGCUUAAAAACCAGUCUCUAAUCACAGCAAAAGGAGGCAUAAAAAGACAAUUUAGCAGUGCAGGGCAACACAUGCGGCUGAGAGGAGCCUUAUAAAAUGUGCCCGUUUAUUAUUGGAAUGUCCUGCCACCGUUGAGAAAAUGUCAUCUAGAUUGACAUUUAAAUUUGACAUUUUAGUCAUUUAGCAGACGCUCUUAUCCAGAGCGACUUAGUUAGUGAGUGCAUACAUUU